ACUCCUGCAAUGGCAGCUUUUCUUCUGCUCCUCUCCCUGACCCUCCUGGCCAGCCCAGCCUGGGCCGGCGCAGACCUGAUUCCCAAGGGACACCAGCAGCAGCACCAUCAAGACAGCCACUUCAUGGAGGACCUGCUUGACCAGAACAUGUCACCCCGUUUGAUCUGCCGCAGCUGUCAAUUCAUCAUGACGAAGCUUAAGGACCUGGUUGAGGACAAUUCUAACGAUAUGGAGGAGAUUAAGCAGGCAGAGAAGCGGGUGUGCAAGUAUGUGAGCUUCUACCUCCGGCUGGCGUGCAAGAAACUCAUGAAGAAAUUCUUCCUCCCCAUCGCCAGGGACUUCUUCGCCCAUAAGUCUCCCCAGGAGGUCUGUGUGGACAUCAAGAUCUGCAAGCCUAAGGAAGGCCCUGAGAGGUAUGGUUCAGAGCAGGGGAGUGGAUACAGGGAGCUUACCCUAGCCCGAAUACAGCACCAGGACACCAGGGAGAAGAUCUGGGAGUCCGAAUCCACCCUUGAGAAGAGGAGUCUGGAGGGAGAGCGGCCCCAGCCCGCCAGCCGGUCCCUCCGGAGAUACUGAUCCUGCUCCGAAGCUUCAGCGGUUCUAUCCCUGCCCCUACACCCCCCUGCCCUGCCAACACCCCCACUCCAACCUGC